UCCGGUCGGACUGUUUUUAUGGACGGACCGCUGUACCUUGAACUUGUCAGAUUCGUCCGUCCCUUCUCUCUCUUCUUCUUCUUCUUCUUCUCCUCCACGUUUAAUCAAUUAAUCAAUUAAUCAAUUAACGAUGUCUAAUUACCCGCAUCUACUCCGUCACGCGCCGUCGGCCCUCGUGCGGCUGUCUCGUGACGUCGGUUCGUGCUGUAACGGCCGGUUCGUCCGGUUCGGUUCGUCCGCUGACCGGAGCAGCUGCAGAGGGUCCAGACCGGUCCGGGUCGGAUGCGCCUCCGGGUUCUGGGGCGACACCGCGACCUCAGUGCCUCAGCUGAUCUACGGCGGGAAGCUGGACUUCCUGGUGUUCGACUACCUCAGUGAGAUCACGAUGUCUCUGCUCACCGCCGCCAAGGCCAAAAUGCCCAACCUGGGUUACGCUCCGGACUUCGUGCAGGCCGCCCUCGCUCCGUUCAUCAACGACAUCCACAGGAAAGGUAUCCGUGUGGUCAGUAACGCCGGGGGGGUGAACCCUCUGGCCUGCGCCGACGCCAUCCAGGAAGUCAUCAAGAAGGCCGGCCUCGACCUCAAGGUCGCCGUGGUGACCGGCGAUGACCUCAUGCCCCAUAGAACCUGUCUGUCUGACGUUAAGAUGGCCGACGAAGGCGGCAGCAGACAGAAGUUACCGAGAACUCUCCACAGUAUGAACGCUUACCUCGGGGCUCUUCCUAUCCGGCGCUGUCUGGAUCUCGGUGCAGACAUCGUGGUAACAGGACGCUGUGUGGACAGCGCCGUGGCUCUGGGCCCGCUCAUGCACGCCUUCGGAUGGGAGAGGACGGAGUACGACCUCCUGGCAGCGGGGAGUCUUGCAGGUCACCUGAUCGAGUGCGGCGCUCAGAGUACCGGUGGGAUCUUCACCGACUGGCACAAAGUUCCUGACUGGGACAACAUGGGCUUCCCGGUGGUGGAGUGUUCCAGCGACGGCUCCUUCGUCCUCUCCAAGCCGCCCAAAACCGGCGGCCUCGUCUCCUUCGGCACGGUGGCGGAGCAGCUGGUGUACGAGAUCGCCGACCCGCGCCGGUACCUGCUGCCCGACGUCACCUGCGACUUCAGCCAGGUGGUCAUCGAGGAAGUGGCAGGUGUGGAAGGAGGCGCGGUCAGAGUGACGGGGGCUAAAGGCUUCGCUCCAUCACAAGACUACAAGGUGUGCGCUACCUACAUGGAUGGUUUCCGGGCGACGGCGGUUUGUCCGGUCGGAGGACCGAGAGCGGCGGAAAAGGCCCGACGAACCGCAGACAGCAUCAUCAAACGGACGAAGCGUAUUUUUAAGCAGUUGGGGCUGGAAGAUUUCAGCUCCGUCAACGUCCAGGUCCUCGGAGCCGAGGACACGUACGGUGCCAACGCUUGCAGCAAGGGAUCCAGGGAGGCUGUGAUCUGGAUGGCCGUCCACCACAAACAGAAGAAAGCUCUGGAGCUGUUCGCCAGAGAAGUAGCUCCCGCAGGAACCGGCGCCGCUCCCGGACUGACCGGCAUCGUGGGCGGACGACCCCGAGUGUCUCCGGUCCUGAAGCCGUUUUUCUUCUUACACCCAAAAUCUGAGCUGAAGGUGGACGUUCACGUCGGUGGGGAGCUGGCGGAGUCUCUCGCGGAGGCGGAGCCAGACGCACGUGAGCAGGAAGCCCCUCCCACCUCAGCAGAGGACGCGCCCGACGCAGAGCUGCCCAGCGGACCCCACAGCUACAGGCUGGAGGAGCUCGCCUACACGAGGAGCGGAGACAAAGGAGACUCGGCUAACAUCGGAGUGAUCGCUCGUCAUCCUCUCUUCUUCCCCUACCUGAAGAAACACCUGACUUCUUCCGUCGUGGCAGAAUACUUCUCCCACCUCAUCCAGCCCGGGGUGAACGACGCCGUCACACGAUACACUCUGCCGGGGAUCCACGGGCUCAACUUUGUUCUGCAGAGUUCACUGGGAGGAGGAGGGGUGGCGUCUCUACGCAGCGACCCCCAGGGUAAAGCCUACGGUCAGAUGCUGCUGGACCUGAAGCUGAGAGGGCUGCCCGACCUCAAAUCACUGGUGGACUGAGAGAGAAAGUUAACGAGGGGGGUGAGCGAGGGGGGGGAGAGCGGUGGGAAACAGAGACAGACAGAUCCUUUAUGAGGUUGCGUUAAAGAGAAAACCUGAAGAACGCGAGAUUACAGAAACAAAGACACGUUUAUGUUCGUACACACUGCAGACCAGAAGAGAGCGUUCGGAAAAUUAAACACCAUAAAGUAUUUUAAUAAGGUUCAACAGGAGGCGCCACGACAACUCUAAUGCUGAAAUCACCUCCUCAAAGUCCCUGUGAACAGAACGGCAGCCAACAGCGCUAAAGCUGUGCUACGUCCCCCAGAAACAGACCGACAGAGGACAGUUUGACUUCUAGCACCUUCUGCAACGAGCUAACGGCAGCUAACAUUACGUUCAUUAGCUUCUUUUAGUAACAAGUCCAUCUGGAAACUCCAUAAUUCACCUCGGUACCGCUGUCGUCAAACUGUCCUCUGUCUGUCUCGGAGGUUGUGUUCCCCGUUCGGUUGCACGCUAACGGCAGCUACGUUAGCAGUUAACUAAUGUUAGGUCAGCUUGUUUCUCUGAUAACUUAAGAUCCAGACGUCCGAUGACUAAAAUCCUUCAUCCGGUUCAAAUCUAGAGUUAAAAAGCACCAAGAUCUAAACAGUGGAUGGUAACAAUGUGGCUUCAGACUGGAUCAACAGUCAAUGUAUGACAGCUUCUGGCAGACAACCACAACGCUGACGCAGGCACAAAGGGGAUAUGACGCCAUUUAUUAUAGAUUAUUGAUUGAAUCAACUACAUAUAGAACAUAGCUGUAGAGUUUAUAGACUGUUUAAUGAUUAUAGAUUUAACAGUACAUGCAGAACAACUUAUUUUGAAGAGAGAAUAAAGUUAUUUGUAGGUAAUAAAAUUAUUGUAGCUUCUGUGAGGGUUGCGGCUUAAAGGAACAAUUUUAGUGUCAAACUCUCGUCACAAUCUGAACUCGAGCUCCUUACCGGCUGCAGGGGAGCUGCCUCUGACCUCUGACCUUCAUCAACAACGGGGAGCGUGGUGGUUUGGGAUUUCCCUCGGAGGGUAAACAAAGUAUCCACCUAGCCCCGAGACGUUCCAGUCAGACAUCGGAGACGCACGCUCAGGCAGGCUUCAGGUCGAAUGCCUGUUUUUCCCCCUGGCUCGUUCACCUCGCCGCGACCCGGCUCCGAUGUUCGCCGGCCCGCAGGAAUGUGUGCCUGCUUCCACCGAAACCAACUCUCUGGCUUCCAGUAUGUUUAUCCAUAAUUGCAAACAGACUGAAGUCCCUCCACAGCUUCCGUUGUGCCUGAAAACUCAUCUCACCCACCUCCUCUGAAUCACAUCCCCCCUUCGCCCUUCAUCAGUAAAAAAGAAAAACACAAACUGACUUUUUCCUGGUGCUUCUCUCGUCCCCGACCUUUGAAUUUGACCUCUUUGGGGCUUUGGGAAUUUGGUGAUUUCGGCAUUUAAUGUGAAACAAGAAAGUAUUUCCUCAAAUGGGUGAACCCAAGCACAGAACAAGAACCACAUUAGACAGUCUGCCUAGAACAAUAACCAAACAAUGGUUUUCCAAACAGAUGUACAAAGAGUUUUACACACAAUAAAAAGAUAAUAAAUGACAGCAGUACAAAUCCCUCCAGACGGGAAUUGAAAGCAGAGUUGCAUGAGUAUAAAUCAGACCAAUAAGAGAGGAAUCACACGGGAAAAAUAAAAAUCAAUCGGCGUGUCUUUGGGAUUUCAAGGACAACACUGAAGUGGUCGGAUUACCAAAGCGAGGUGUUAAAAGCUAUAAAUUCACGCUCAUUUCCUGUUUUUAUGAAACCCCCAAAUUGGAAAAAGACUCAGUCGCCACUUUACAUGAAAACGUGGACGAGCACUCACAUCUUAAUGCUGAAGGUUGGAGAGCAAAAUCCACAUCUGUGCCACAUAUUGCCCCUUCCCAAAAAACCCUGUGAAAUAUCUGCAACACUCUGCGUUAGUUAUUUGAAAAAACUCUUCAUCACUGCAGAACGUUUUCCAGAUAAUUCUUCAUUCAACCCCAAAAGAAUAACACAGACUGUUUGAUGUUUACCCAAAGAGCUUCAUGUAGCCACGAGUUUGUGGAGAAGGAUUUCCAAGCAGUUGUUGCUCUUGCAUGUUUUAGUAAUUUGGGAUGCAGAUUUUCCUUCAGGCAACAUCUGUAUCUAAACACAAGUUUUUUAAUAUCGGUGGGUUGUUGUGGAGCCUCGUCCGUCCCGACCUCCUGACCUCAUCUGGGAGAAUCCUGAUAAUCAAUGUUAAAUAAAAGUAGCGACAGAAGACAAUGUGCCACUCAAACAUUAAGGUAGAAAUUAAGCAGGAUAACGUGCAGGGCGGUCCUCUAAUAGUCGACCAACUGACGCACUUUUCAUUAGUCAGAUAGUUUUAGAAAACCAAAUGGUGCUAAACUCUGUUCGGGGGCCUGCGCCUUGUCACCAGGAUAAAGGUAUCAGGAUUGUUGCAUUGUAGAUUUUUUUUAUAAGCUGCUGCCACUAGCUAGUUAGCGGAGGAAGUUUGUUUACACUACUAGCACUGUAGCGGGGCCGGAAGGCAGCCUCCCAGUUACCACUGCCGGCACCGAACACUGCCUCCGAGAGGUCGGAGGUCAGAUGAUUUACAGUGGCGCCGACCAGGUUCAGGCCGGGAGAGGUGCGAUUUAAUUCAUGUUUUGAACAACAAACUAACACAUUAACAAAAUGUUCAGUUUCAACAGGUGGCUGUUAAAAUAUAUAUAUUUAAAUAAUCAAAUUAAUAUCAUAAAUGUUUGAUGGCUAGUCAAUUAAUGUCCCGAACCAACAGCCCUUUAAUGUUAUAUCUAAUCCAAUCCAACUUUAUUUGUUAAGCACUUUAAAAACAACCAAAGUUGCCCAAAGUGCUGUACAGGAGAAUAAAUAAGACAUCAUAAAUGUAAACAGUGAUGGUGAUAUAGACUAUAAUAUAUAAUAAUAAUAAUAUAGACUUAUAGAUUGAGUCCCGAUUAUUAGACUUAUAAUUAUUAUUUGAAAUAUUAAAUCAUGUAGUGUCAGUAUAAAUUUCGUCCAAUUUUUACGAUGACGGAGAUUCUUUACUGACAGUUUCCGCUAGAAUUAUAACAAUUUCGUUAUUUCACAUGUAGCCUUAACAACAACAUGUCCUUUUGCAAAUCAAUGGAGGCAACUACGUCUUCUUAAUUUUGACAUCAAUAAUAAAGGGCUAAAGAUUAACAGGGCUAACCUGAGCUGUCAGUAUAAAUCAAUACAUUUAUGUAAACAGAAUAUAUAUUUAAUCUCAGUGGACGACUUAACAAUAGAAAAAUCAGAAAAGUAACUAAAUUUCAGUCCAUGGAAGCUUUUUUGUCCGUACAAAAAUAUUGCUUGUUUGGCAAAAAAAAGGUCCGAACAUCGAACCUUGUGGAACACCAGAUAGUUUUUAUUCAUUUUUCCAGGUUUAAAACAUCAAUAAAAUCAUGAAGGUGCCACAUUUUUCUAGUUGUUUGUCAAACUCUGCAGCAUUUAUCAGGAGAAGAGCUUCUAUUUGUUCAUUUUAGGAUGAUGAAGACGAGGAAUGUCCGUCCCAAAUAUCAUGUUAAUCCAUCCAGUAGCUGUUGAGAUAUUUUGGGCCACAGUGUUAAUAGUUGGACAAAAAAAGCAAAGGUCCAAGAAUUGAGCCCUGUGGGACACCAGAAGAAAACGUUUUAUUUCAACAGUUUUAAAACAACCAAUAAAAACAAAAAGUAGUUAAUCAGUUUGUUCCACUAGCUGCAGUAUCAAUACACUGAAGAGCUUGUUUUGUUAUUUUGAGACAGUGAAGACGCCAAAUCUUACACAUCUGCCAAAUUUCAUUGUGACAACAGAUCAAUGAAACCAGCGAUGGUAUGUACUCACUGUCUGGCCUUAAGUGAGCCGGCCGUCUUAUACUGAUGCGACUAAGUGUUAAAGUGCCUUGCUCAUCGGCAGCUCAUUGUUCUCACUCCUUUCGAUGUUUGAACAGUUUUUAUUGCAGUUUCACACUUUACAACUGAACCAAACUGUCAAUGCAGCAUUUUAGUCAAUAAACAACAUUGUUCAUUCACUGUUUCUCAUUUUCUGUCGAUGUUUCCGGGACUCUCCCAGUUUCACCAUGAGUGCUUUUUCUGUGACUGUGUUGAUUUUAUUAAAGGGAGAACCACUUCAGUUUUAACAUUUACUUGCAUGUUAUUAAUCAGAAAUCUGUUGUAAUUAAAGAUCUUAAAUGCUGUAAAGACAAAAAACACUUAUGCCUUCCUGUAUAAUUUGUUUUAUAUCUUAUAGAAGUUUGAUUCUUCAGCUUUUUACACAGAAAAUCACUAAAAGCAUUAAAACAGUGUGUUGAUUUCUGUAUGAUUUUGUAGAUACUAAACUGAAGAGAAUAAAAAUAUUUUUGUGAGCAAA